GUUGUUUCUCUCCUCCAGUCUCGGCUCCGCACGCACGCAUUCACUGAAAUCAGCUGCGCGCUCGCAGUAGUCCAUGCGUCCCUUCCCCCCGCUGCCUGGCUGCUGAUGAGAUGAGUGGAAGAUGUCGGUGUCGGGGCUGAAAGCCGAACUUAAGUUCCUUGAGUCAAUAUUUGACCCAAACCAUGAACGAUUCCGAAUAAUCGACUGGAAGCCCGAUGAGCUUAGCUGCCAGUUUAAUGUGACGGGAGAAAAGCUACUGAUUAUUCACUGCAAUAUUACGGAGUCUUACCCUUCAACCUCGCCAAUAUGGUUUGUCGACUCUGAUGACCCAAGUUUGACCGAAGUCCUUGAACGACUAGAGGAUGUUAGAAAAGGCAAUACUUUGCUCCUCCAGCAGCUGAAAAGGCUGAUCUGUGAUUUAUGCCGACUCUAUAACUUGCCACAGCACCCUGAUGUGGAGAUGCUGGACCAGCCACUUCCUGCUGGACCCAUUAGUCAAGACAGGAAGCAUGGAACAACAGAUGAGGUGACAUCAGAAGAAGAGGAGGAAGAGGAAAUGGCAGAGGAUAUUGAAGAUCUAGACCACUAUGAGAUGAAAGAGGAGGAACCCGUUGAUGGGAAAAAGUCAGAGGACGAUGGCAUCGAGAAGGAGAACUUGGCCAUUCUGGAGAAAAUCCGCAAGAACCAGAGGCAGGACCACUUGAACGUAAGUGUGCAUUCGGGUGCAGUUUCUGGUUCAGUUCAGGCCUCUGACAGACUCAUGAAGGAACUCAGGGAGAUCUAUAGAUCACAGAGUUACAAGACAGGUAUCUAUUCAGUGGAGUUAGUCAAUGAUAGCCUGUAUGAGUGGCAUGUCAAGUUAAGGACGGUUGAUCCAGACAGUCCGUUGCACAGUGAUUUACAGGUUUUGAAGGAAAAAGAAGGCAUGGACUACAUUUUACUAAAUUUUUCUUAUAAGGAUAAUUUUCCUUUUGAUCCUCCAUUUGUGCGGGUUGUGUCCCCUGUCCUGUCUGGAGGCUAUGUCCUUGGAGGAGGAGCCUUGUGUAUGGAGCUACUUACCAAACAGGGCUGGAGCAGUGCCUACUCAAUAGAGUCAGUCAUCAUGCAAAUCAAUGCCACUCUUGUCAAAGGGAAAGCCAGAGUGCAAUUUGGAGCAAAUAAGAAUCAGUACAAUCUUGCCAGAGCACAACAGUCAUACAAAUCACUGGUUCAGAUCCAUGAAAAGAAUGGCUGGUACACACCCCCUAAAGAAGAUGGCUAGGAGAAGAAUUUAUCUGCUUGCACACUGCAAACAUGGGAUAUCUGGUCAAACCUUUGCUUUAUUUUACUAAUGUUAUUCGCCUCUUCAGCUUGAGUAUGAUGCUCCCUCGUGUAAGUGGAAUCCAUCAGCGGGGAAACAUUUCCCCUCUUGCUGUCUAGAAUAAUUGGAAAUUUGCAUCGUCCUUUAUCUUCUGCAAGGCUGGACUUUUUUUGACCUGAUCCCAUGCCGUCUGGAUUUCUCUUUGUUUCUCAUGAUCAUUUUCUUUCUCAUUUAUGUUUUAUUACACUGAUGGGACGUUCAGAGCCUUGGUACUAAUAGGCAUCUAACAUGGAGUUUGGAAAAGGCUCCAGGUGUCCUGAUCAGAGAAAGACAUGUUUUUUUUUUUUGCUUUCUUGUCCUCACUUUUACUCUUUGGAGCAUGGCUCUGUUCAGGAUAAAAAACAUUGAUGGAGAUGCUCGAUGAAGAUGCUGGAUCUGAUCUUCUUUGCUUUUAAAGGAUGUUCUUAUGGCCAUGGUGUUUGGACUUUAAGUGGUGGUUUACUGAACUUAAAACAGGAAAUGGAUGCAACUAGAGACAAUGUGAAGACAAUGUGCCACUGCUCUUGCAUCUAUAAAAACUCCUUUUCUUCAUGCAUUCUGAGUUGAAACAUACUGGUACAUUUAAUACUGAUGUUGUCGAAGAAUCGUUACUUGCCACAAAUAUAUGCGCAACUUCUUUAGCAACCCUAAUGUUAAUGGUGAUGGCGAGGAAGAGUAAAUGGGGCAGUUAUACGAAUCUAGCUCCUCUUGUUUUUCCGCUAAGGAUGCAUUCCAUCCAGUGUCCUUAUGCUUGAUUUUAGCAUGAGGCUGAUCUGACCAGUAAUGGACAAAUGCAAACUUUGGCUUUGAAAAGGGUGAAGCAGGACUUGCCGUUGCUCCAUAGUUGAACAGAGCUCCACUUGUAUACUUGUAAAUGGAUUUGAAGCGUCUUAAAUGUGGUGUUUAUGUGAAGUGGGGAAAUUCAGACAUUGGGACUCGAAAUGAGAAAAGGUCUAUGUGUCUGGAAAAAUAAUUGCUCAAAACAGGGGGUAAUAUCUUAAAAAAAUGUAUUUAUAUAAGUGAUAUGAAUAUAACUUCUUUUUUUCUUUUUUUUUUGUUCCCACCCCCAGUUUUGUCAACUCCUUGCCUAUUUGAAAGAUGUUCAUGAUUUCUGCUCCAUUAAAGAACAGUUGUUACA